UAAAGACUUCUCUAAAGCUCUUCCCCGAAGAAAAGUACUUUUCAUGGCGAUCCUGCGGACGAUCCUAAACGCUAAAUAAAUCAUUAGUAAAAAUGGCUGUCUGGGAAGGAAAGAAAUACAAAUUAGAAAAGAGUGAAAACUUCGACGAAUACAUGAAGGAAUUGGGUAACAGUGUCAGCCCCACCGUUGAACUGAAGAAGGAUGGUGAUAAUUACUCUUUCACCACUACCUCAACCUUCAAGACAACUACGGUCAACUUCAAGCUGGGCGAGGAAUUCGAUGAAGAGUUUACAAGGCUAUAUAAAUGCGCAGUGCGCUACAUGCGAAGUUCAAAGCAACAGUAACAAAAAGCUAAAGUAAUUUAAAAUAAAAAAAUGCCACUUCUUGCGAUAAACUAAUGAUUGAAAAACUAACUAUCAUACAGCAUACAUUGUACUUUAUAUAACUACAUAUACAUAUAUAUAUAUUUUGGAUUGUGAAUAUCCCAAUUUUGUUUAUGACUGAUUAUUUGCUGAUUAAUGCAUAAAAUAAUGUAAUUAAAAGUAUGAAGUUGUUAUUAGGUAACAAUU